UCCGUUGCAGGAAAAGAGAGAGAGAGAGAGAGAAAUAUUUAGAGCUGAUAAAAAUAGCUCGAGCCUGCCUCCGUAAUAAGGAGGCUAUGUCCCUAACGUCACUGUAAACGACAGAAAAUACAAGGAAUAAAAAUGAACAGAUUGGAAGAGAAUCAGCUCCAGCGUUUGCUGACGAAUCUGGAAAACGUUCCCCGUGUACAGUUGCCUUUCAAGUUCGUGUCGCUCUUCAAAAAAGGAAAGACCUGCAGCUUGGAAGACUUUGCCGUGUACUUUCUGGCUGCCGUGCGCCAACAUACAGAGCAGCAUUUCCGCGGCAGCGAGACCGAGACGACUCCCAAGUGUCUAACACCUGUACGACAGCCCAAGCCACUGCUGCCGUCUGAGGACUUGUUCAACGUAUCUCCCCACAACCAGAGUGCAGCCGGUGCCACAUCCUCGAUGUCUACUCCGGUCCGGCCGCAGUCGCAAGGCCGAAGGUCCGCUGGAGGUGCUCCAGGCAGCCGUCAGUUCUGCAGCACUCCCCAAAGCGCAAAUCGCAGCGGAGGAGGAGGCGCAUCUGGUGACCGUGGUCACAGCUUUUGUCUAGGCGACUUUCUGGUUACUACACCGACCCAAGGUCACCAGCGAUCCACCAAGAAGAAGACUACUCCCCAGCAGCAGCAACAACAGCAGUCAGCCCAGGGAGUGGCCCAGGCCAAACCCAGACGUCGGGUUCUCCCGAUGACCAUCAGCAAGAACGUGUCGGCCAGCUCUUCGUUUGGUGACACCAGCUCCUUUAGCAACGACAACAAUCUGUGGCGCCUCUCGCAGAGCAGCGAACUGUUCGAUCGCAGCCAGGGCGCUGCCCUGGAUAUGGAGGCGCGCAAAUCCCUACUCCUCCACAAGCAGGAGAUCAAAAGUGAGGCCCCCGUCAGUGUGGUCCCAGAGAGGGGACAAGAAGAUGAGGUCUCCAGUAUGCAGGAGCCCGUCCCCGUCAAACUGGAAGAUGUGAAAAGUCCCGGCCAGCUGCAGGUUCUCUCGGCCAUCUAUGGCCAGCUAAUGGAUCUCAAUAUGGUGCCGAAUGUGCUGGGGGAGCUGAGCUUUGUGAUGCAGCUGCUCAACGUCCACGACUCGGAUGUGACUCCGAGUCAAGCGGUGAAGGAGCUGGAUCUGGGGACUCCCCUGCAGCGUCUGGGUCUCUACAAGAAUUGCAUUUACUUUGCCCUCCAACUGUUGGAGCAUCAGCAGUAUCUUCUUCUCCAGCUGGACAGGAAAUCGCUCGGCAUUCUCCUGCAACACGAGCGCCUGGGCCUGCUGCCUCAGCCCCUGGUGCAGCAGUUGGAGGAGUCGUGCCACCGUAAGCAGGAACUGGCCAAAAAGGAGACCUCCAGCGCCUCCUCCUCCCUGACUUUGGCCUCGCCUGGGAGCCAGCAGAACGUCUACUACCACGAGGAGAAGGACUCGCGCGAUAACUUUCCAAACCAGAAUGAGUUCGGGGCCUUCAAGUCGCAGCGGGAUCUCUUCUACAAGGCCUUCAAGCUGUGGGAGGCCACCCACCUCAAUCGGGGGUUCUGCUUCAAUCGAGAACUCAAGCCGCAUGUGCGGGCCAUCUUUACGAUUUCGGAGCAUGCCGUGAACAUGGCCCACUUUGCCAAGCUGUUUGUCAGCCAGCUCCUCAUCUCUGGCAGCGAGACAACCGAAUCUCCGGAAGAGCUGGGUCUCAAGCUGGACCAGCUGCGACUGAACCGCCUGGCCCAGCGAUUGGUGACCUCCAGCUCCAGCGUCGAGGAUCAGUUCCCCCGCUCGCAGGCUUUCUUCCGCGACUUUAUCAGCGACUGCGCCUCUAUAGCCUUUCUAGUGCAGCUGAAGCUCGCCCUAUAUGUCCAAUUGGUGCGUCAAAAUGAUUCCACAUUCGAGCUGAAGCAGCUGGCCGAGGAUGUGGUGGAGGAGGAACGCCCCUCGCAGCAGGGCGGGCCCUUCAUUGUGCGUGCCCAGACCAUGGCCAAUAUGCUGAUUCUGGCAAAGUUCCUCGGAUAUGUGACGGCCCUACCCUACAAUCGUUGUUCCGGCCAGCCACAAUCGCAGGUCUGCCAGCAGCAGCUUCAGCUGCGCAGCCACUUCCAGCCGGACUUUAAUCUUCGCGAGCUCCUCGAACGAUCGAUGGUGAAUGGCAAGCUGCUGAUCACCCUGCCCUGGCUGGUGCAGUAUCUGGUGAUGCUGGACCUCAUCGCGCUCCAGUUGCCCAACACUCUGGCCACUCUGGAGCUCCUCUAUGCCCUGUACGCCGCCAUGCCUGCAGAAAAACUGCAGCCCGGUGCCGUGUUCGUUGCCAGGAGCUGCCUGGGCUGGCUAUUGGAGGCACAGCCGCAUCUGGUCAGCGGAUACUACAGCUACAGGGCCCUGGAAACGGGUGGAAAUGCAGCCGUGGUGGAGAGCUGCCUGAGCUCGUUUCGUUCAUUGGAGACAUCCCAUGUGCCGCAGAUGGAGGAGCUUCUGCCGGUGGCCUGCCCCUAUCUCCAUGAAUUCCGAGUGAGCAUCACGCCCUCCCGGCAAUCCCAAAGCACUGGACGAAGCGGCCGAUUCCGGUACAUCACCACGCGGCUGGAGCAGCUUAAUCAGAGUGGUGCCACAACCUCUGCAACGGGCCAAUCGGUGGUGGCUUCCGUGGAGCUCAGUCCGGCGGAGCAGCAGCAGCGGAAACUUGGCGAUGCCUUCCUCCACUCGCAGAACGCCUCGACCAGACGCCUCAUAGAGUUUGUGACUGAGCGCAGCUUCAAAUGCGUGGUGAAGGAUGCCCAGCAGCAGAUUCUGCUGCCGUCCAAGGCGGCGGCCGAUGGCCGUGUCAACGAGAUCAAUUCCACGCAGUAUCAGGAUGUGUUUGGCGACAUCCAGCAGAUCUACCAAGAGGCCAAAUCGCAGGCCUGCCAGCGAUGGGCGGACCAAGUGCCACGGAUGCUAACGGAGCGCAUUGAGCAGUCCCUGGGGGCCCUGCUACCCGACAGCACCAACGAGGUGCUGCGAGCCACGUACACCCAACUGAUCCGGGGACAGGCGCAGACUCAGCUGCAGCAUUGGCUGCAGGCGAACGUGAUGCAGUCCAGCUUCUACCAAGGGGAUCUUCAGGAGCUGGCCGCCAAGGUGUGCCGCGCCAACAAAAACAAACUGGAGACCACUGGCGGCGGCAGCUCCAGCGAGAUGCAUUUGACCCUGGACGUGGGCUUCAGUCUCUCCGACAUGCUCUUCCAGCUGCAGCAGUGGCUUCAUUGCGUCAGCCUGCGUCCGGAGAGCGUGGGUAGUGCGCCAGAGCUGUGGGCGCUGCUCCAGCAGAUCCAACACGCCGUUCUGCUGACCCAGCUGCCCACCGUCUUCUAUCAUUUGAUUGGCUCCGGCCUGGUGCGACUUGUCCAGCUGCUGAUCAUCCGCCAGCCGCAGCUCCUGACACCACAGAUCCUCACUGCCAGCUGCACAGUAUGGCGGACACCUCAGCUCUCGGCCAGUGAGCCAGCUUUACCGGGAAUCUUUGAUGGUUUGCUCAGUGUGAGCUUUAUCCAGGAGCUGGGAAACCAUCUGGAGUGCUUCCGCCUGCUGGAGAAGCUCCUCCUCACCAUGCUGGAAGCAGGCGUAUUGAAUGCUGAUCAGUUUAACGAGCUCUUCAUGCCGCUCUUUAAGGAGAACUGGUCACCGCCCGUCUGGAGUGCCCUUUCCCAAAUGCUGCAGCAACUGUCGCAGGGGAAUCGUUUUGGCGGAGGUGAUAGCAAUGAUAGCAAGGAAGACAUCAAUAGCCCCGAGGACGACGCUAAAUCGCAUCUGUUCAUGGAGAUGCUGGCCGACUUGUCACGUGAUUUGGAUAGUUUCUAAAACCCCUAACAAAAAUACAGCCCUAUGUCAUGUAACGUACUCUUUGGCUCCCUAAAUAAAAGGGACACUAGCAAAUAA